AUGAGGGAUGAGGAUGAAGACUUUCCCCCAGUGAGUGUGCGCCAGGGGAGGGAUUUCCGGUCUCAUCGCCUAGCGCUCCAUUUGCUUAGCGCGUCCGUUGGAGCAGAGUACGCUACCCGGGAAACGCUGUGCUCCGUCGGGCAGAAUCCGAUGGCUGCGGCGGUGCUGCGGGACCCACCUCAGGGCGGUGUGACCUUCCCAGAUGUUGCUGUGCGCUUCUCCCAGAGGGAAUGGAGGCUGCUUGAUGAGACUCAGAGACGCCUGUAUCUGGACGUGAUGCUGGAGAACUACACACUUAGAUUGCACAAUGGAGAGAAUAGUUCUGUGUGCAGUGACUGUGCAGAGUCUUUUUACCACAGCUUUGUGUUCAUUGGACAUAAGAGAGUAUUUUCUGGAGAGCGUCCUUAUAGGUGUAGUGACUGUGUGAAAUCUUUUACAUGUAGAUCUGCCCUCAUUUAUCAUACGAGCUCUCACACAGGAGAAAGGCCUUAUGAGUGCAGUGAAUGUGGGAAAUCCUUUACCACUAACUGCAUCCUCCGAUCUCAUCAGAGAUCUCACACUGGAGAAAAGCCUUAUAAAUGCAGUGAAUGUGGAAAAUGCUUCACCUCUAACUUCAACCUCCAUAAUCAUCAGAGAUCUCACACAGGAGAAAAGCCUUAUAAAUGCUAUGAAUGUGAGAAAUCUUUUACCUCUAUCAAUGCUUUCCAGUAUCAUCAGAUAUCUCACACUGAAGAAAAGCCUUAUAAAUGCUAUGAAUGUGAGAAAUCUUUUACCUCUAUCAAUGCUUUCCAGUAUCAUCAGAUAUCUCACACUGAAGAAAAGCCUUAUAAAUGCAGUGAAUGUGGAAAAUGCUUCACCUCUAACUUCAACCUCCAUGAUCAUCAGAUAUCUCACACUGAAGAAAAGCCUUAUAAAUGCUAUGAAUGUGAGAAAUCUUUUACCUCUAUCAAUGCUUUCCAGUAUCAUCAGAUAUCUCACACUGAAGAAAAGCCUUAUAAAUGCAGUGAAUGUGGAAAAUGCUUCACCUCUAACUUCAACCUCCAUGAUCAUCAGAGAUCUCACACAGGAGAAAAGCCUUAUAAAUGCUAUGAAUGUGGGAAAUCUUAUACCUCUAGCAAUGGUUUCCAAUAUCAUCGGAUAUCUCACACAGGAGAAAAGCCUUAUAAAUGCAGUGAAUGUGGGAAAUCUUUCACCUCUACCAGCGCUCUCCAAUAUCAUCAGAGAUCUCACACUGGAGAAAAGCCUUACAAAUGCAGUGAAUGUGGAAAAUGCUUCACCUCUAACUUGAACCUCCGUAAUCAUCAGAGAUCUCACACAGGAGAAAAGCCUUAUAAAUGCUAUGAAUGUGGGAAAUCUUAUACCUCUAACAAUGGUUUCCAGUAUCAUCGGAUAUCUCACACAGGAGAAAAGCCUUAUAAAUGCAGUGAAUGUGGGAAAUCUUUCACCUCUACCAGCGCUCUCCAAUAUCAUCAGAGAUCUCACACUGGAGAAAGGCCUUACAAAUGCAGUGAAUGUGGGAAAUCUUUUAUGUCUAGAUCCUCAUUUAUUUGUCAUAAUAGAACUCACACAGGAGAAAGACCUUAUGAGUGCAAUGAAUGCAAGAAAACCUUUACUACUAUCAGUUCUCUCCGUAAUCAUCAGAGAGUUCAUUCUGGAGAAAGACCUCAUGAGUGCAGUGAAUGUGGGAAAUCUUUCAUGUCUAGGUCAGCCCUCAAGCGUCAUCAGAAAUCACAUGCAAGUGAAAGGCCUUUUGAGUGUAGUGAAUGUGGGAAAUCCUUUAUCUUUAGAAGUACCUUAAUUAAACACCAGAGAGUUCACACAGGGGAAAGUGCUUACAUGUGUACUGAGUGUGGGAAAUCUUACAUUAGUAAGUAUAGGCUUAUUGAACACCAGAGUAUUCACAAAGGUGAAAGGCGUUAUGAAUGCAGGGAAUGUGGAAAAUCUUUUAACUUUAACUCUGCCUUGUACUAUCAUAAGAAAACUCACACUGGAGAAAAGCCUUACAAAUGCAUUGAAUGUGGAAAAUCUUUUAUUACUAAUUACCUCCUCCGUAUACAUCAGAGAGCCCACACUGGAGAAAAGCCUUUUGAGUGCAGUGAAUGUGGGAAAUCUUAUACCCUUAGUUACCACCUUCGUUGUCAUCUUAGAAUUCAUACUGGGGAAAGGCCUUACAAAUGCACCAAAUGUGGGAAAUCUUUUACCACUGGUUACCAGCUCCGUAUACAUCUGAGAAGUCACACUGGAGAAAAGCCUUAUGAGUGCAGUGAAUGUGGAAGAUCCUUUAGCAGCAAAUCUGGCCUUCAUUAUCAUCAGAGUGCUCACACUGGAGAAAGGCCUUAUGAGUGUGGUGACUGUGGGAAAACCUUUGUCCAGAGAUAUCAUCUCAUUAUACACCAGAGAGCUCACACUGGAGAAAGGCCUUAUGAGUGCACUGAAUGUGGGAAAUCUUUCACUCAUGGCAGCAGCCUCUAUUAUCAUCAGAGAGUUCACCGUGGAGAAAGGCCUUUUAAAUGUAGUGAAUGUGGGAAAUCUUUUAUUAACACCACUAAACUGCACUCUCAUAAGAAAGCUCACACUGGAGAAAGGCCUUAG